AUGUCCGCAGCGGUGCGGGUUCGCAAACGGCCUCCGGUCGCGUUCGUACCAUUGGAGCGUAACAAGGUCGUCGUAGUACCAACAGAUGAUCUUCCAGAGGAUACUCCAGGUCCAGAGGCCUUUGACUCGCCCAGAAAUCAGGAAGUGCUCUACGAACGGGCUGAGCAACUCGCCUCACCCUCGUCUGGGACACCUAAAUCUCCAUUAUCAAAGUCGUUUUUACGACCAGCUCCUACAAAACGCUCGAGGAGUAGGACCAUUGAUAUUCCUACCGUCCGUCCCACGUUCGAAGCCCCCACACGGACCGUCACCUCCAUGUCGGACGGCAACAGAGCAGGAACAUCCAUAGACACACAGACAAGGAAGAGAACUAGCUGGUUCGCCGAGCAUGUCAUGCAACCGAAAAGGCGUCAGACGAUAGAUGAAGUCGCAGAGCAACAGACAUUUCUCAGCCCGCAGGAGAUACAGCGACCGAGUAUGUCUAGCGAUCGAUUCUCAGCCGCCAGUUCCAUCCCUCAGGUUGAUGUAAUCAUUCCGGACGAGGCCAGGAGCCAUCUCGGACGGGCUUUGGCGCAGAGGGAGCAGCAUGGCGUGGAUGAGUCCUUGCCAGAGAGUGUACUACAUCACAACGACAUUGUAGAGCAUCUCGAUGUGAUAGACCAGCACAUUUCUACCGUGUCUCAUUUAAGCAAUGCUGCCAACAGCAUUCUAGUGCCCCCUUUAUCCUUCUAUUCUCGAAAGCCAACCAUUUCGAUCCCCGCUCGUCUCGUCGAUCCAGAGAAGGCUGGGAGUCAAGACGAACUUGAUUUACACGUUGAAGACGUCCUUCGGAAGCGAGAUAAACUACGUCGGACCUUAGAGGGUCUCUGGGCGUACCUCAAAACCCCUAUAGGCAUCGUCACAGCUCUCUACGGGUUUGCUGUCGUAUUCUGGGGCGCGGCUAUUGUCUUGUUCCUCGGGAAGCUCAUCAACCUCCACAAUCCAUAUCUCCAGGGCUUUUGGGUGGAGAUAUCUAGUCAAGUCGUGAACGCCCUCUUUACUGUCCAGGGUGUCGGAUUUCUUCCUUGGAGGAUUAUGGACACGUAUAAUAUCCUUUGGAUUUACUAUUUCUAUCGUCUUGACAGACGGCUGCGAUCAGAAGCAAAGUUUCCUCCCGUCGGUGAUCGAAACGACAUUCCGGACCCGUUGAUCGACUCCGAGCAUGUGCAAAUGCUUACGGACAAGCAGCUGGAGAGAUUGCGACAUUACCAAGUCAGGUUCAUGAAAUCUCAGACAUGGUACCGCCCUCACGGAACAGACACCCACCGAGCAUUCUCUAUCAACUAUGCACUUGCCAUCUGUCUGUUCGUGGACGGAAACUCAGUGUUCCAGAUCAUUCUGUGCGGGUGUAUGUGGGGCUUGGAUCGCUUCCAACGACCGCCGUGGACAACCGGUUCCCUGAUUCCUCUGAGUUUUCUUUGCGGUAUCGCUGCAGCCGUCCUAAUCUGGAAAGGAGGCGAGCGGUCAAAGAAGACAGAAGAAGUCGAAGCACGACUUCGUGCGGCUUUGGAUGAGGAGAAGCGUGUCCUAAAGGACCGUUAUGGUCCCGAAGUCGCAGAGGAACCUACUCUACUCAACUCUCCGCCAGAGGAUCCAGAGAUUGAGAAACCGCCUCAGGAAAAGGUCGAUCUAACUCCACGCAAGCCAGCCCCACAUCUUGGCCACUUUCGAAUCGACGAGACCAUGAGCAUCCCGGAGGAUGUGGAGCCAACAAAAUAG